AUGGCAGAUUAAUUGAAUGCAUCCUUCAUUAAACAGUCUGAGGAUAUUAUUUAAUCAAAGAAAGAGGAAAUCCUUUAGUUCUUUGAGCAGAAAGGAUACAAGGCGGAUUCUGCAUUUGAUGAUUAACUUUGGUUUUUCCCAGAAAUCAAUUAGGACUAAGAACACAUUCUAUGGAAAGUGAUUAGUGAUACAAUCGGACAAGAUUAAGUAUAUGAUGAGAAUGUAGGAUUAUUCAUUUAAUUAGUUUGCAUCAGAAGCAACCAUUGAAACUUUUGUGUAGAAACUAUUGGAUUAAGCAAAAAUGAUACAUCUAAAAAUCCUUGAUUUUCAAAAAAAUAUAGAUUAUUUCAAAGAUGAACUUACUAAUUUUGAUAAGUUUUCAAAGGUCAUUGAAGCAAGUAUUAUAAAUCACAUAAUCAAACUUAGAUAAACCUGAAUAUAAUCAGGAAAAUGCAUUAGUCAUUUCUUUUGUAGAUUAAGUUAAUUAGAUAAGUGAGAUGUAAAAAGUAUCAACCAAGAUUUAUAUUUUAGUAUUAUAAGUUGAAGUAUAAAGUUGGAACUAUUCAUCAAAAUUAUCAACCUUUGUAUCCAGAGAAUUCAAAUAGAUCUACCUGUAUUUCUUUAGAUAACACUAUUGAUUCUAUAACACUUGUUGUAAUGGGAAAGAGACUCGAUAAAAAUCUAGGAGAUGCAAGAACUUUAGGAGAAGAUUUUAAAGAGUUAGCUUAAAUUAAAAUACCUAUUAUUGAUAUCUAUCAAUAAAUUAGACCAAGACAUUUUGCUCUUCCAACUAUACCACAAUGCUACUUAAUUGUAAAUUACUAGGAUUAAAGUUUGGAUGCUCCUUUUAUAGAUAAUGUUACAGUAAAUCUAAGAUUUGAUUUGAGACUCUCUUAUGAAGAUAGAAUCAAUAUUAUCAAAUAACAAAAGGAAUUAAAGGGUGGAUUAAUUGAAGUAACAAUAUUAUUAAAAGAUUUUAUAGAAAUUUCAAGAGAAACUUAAACAAAGAUUGGCUUAGAUGGAAUAAUUGUUGUGUCCAUUUAAAUUGAAUCCUAAAUUACAAUAUGUCACUGCAAGGGGCAUAGGAAUGAAAUCAGAUUUUAAGGAUGAACCUAUUAAACCAAAAAGUGAGAGAAACAAAGAGGACAUUAAACCACCUAAGGAAAGAGAAGCAUGUUGCAUAAUAUAAUGA